CGCCGGGGAAAGCAAACACGCUCCUGAAGCUGCGCAGGAAGGCUGCAGAUAUCGACGCGAGUGAGUGCGCGCACAAAGCUGUCAGCACCCGGGAGCCUCUCGUGCCUCCUCUUCCUCCUCCUCUUCCUCCUCUCCCUCCUCUUCAUCCUCGCGAACUGCGAGUCAUCGCGAGCGCUCACCUGGCCGCUCGGAGUCUGCGGGGUCCGGUGGGCAUGGGGAGACAACUGCUCUGAUCACAAUCGGAUUUUUUUCCUCCUGCUUUCUAAGAAUGGAUCCUCGGCAUUAGCCAGGUGUGCGUGUGUUUCGGGUUAUUUGAGGAGAACGUUGUCCCGGAGUCCCCCUGUCCCCUGAGAGUUGACGGCUCGGGAGGAACCUGACCAACAGCAGUGUGUGACGGGACACGGAGGAUAAAGCUCUCUCUACAGAGCCAGGGUUCCAUAUAAUCCAUUUCAAAGUCAUCGUACCUACUGCGGAUCCGCCCAUGGCUGCGUACGGACAGACUCAGUACAGCCCGGCCCUCCAGGCCGCUGGGCCGUACACACCGUACCCCCACCACACACAGGGCUACAGCGUGCCCUCCUACAACAUUAAAACAGAAGACGGCCUAAGUCAUUCUCCAGGGCAGACGGGACUACUGGGCUACUCGAACUUCAGCAGCACUCCUCCGGGUCAGAGCCUCUACAGCUACUCGCACACGCACGGUGGGGGUAUUCCGUCUGGAAUUUUUCAAGGCCCUCAUGCGAUCUCAAGUUCAACCACAUUCAACUCCACCCAGCAAGAGUUCUCAGCCUACUCGAGCUACAGUCAGAGUCAGUACUCCCCGUAUUAUAAUUCCCAUCACUACAACGGCCCCUACCUGGCCAGCAGCAACAUCAGCCCCGCUGCCAUCCCAACUCCGCUGGGGUACCAGCAUCCAGAACACCCCGUCAUGCUGCCCAAUCACAGCCCAGAGUCACACACAGGAGAGUACCACGCGCCGCCCAGCCCCCCCACUCCAGGUAAAGAGGAGGUGCCUGCACGAAGAGGGUCAGAUGGGAAGAUGAGAGGGAGGAAAAGAGCCAGUGACCCUGCUCCACCUCUGGAUUCUGAUAUAGAGCGUGUGUUUAUCUGGGAUCUGGAUGAAACCAUCAUCAUUUUCCAUUCGCUCCUCACGGGAACCUUCUCCUCACGGUUUGGCAAGGACUCAUCAAAGGCCGUAUCUCUUGGUUUGUGGAUGGAGGAGAUGAUCUUCAACCUGGCCGACUCAAGACUCUUCUUCAAUGACCUGGAGGAAUGUGACCAGGUUCACAUUGAUGACGUGGCGUCGGACGACAACGGACAAGACCUGAGCACUUACAACUUUGGGUCGGACGGCUUCCAGAGCCCAGCGGGGGCCGGCUCCCUGUGCCUGGGGUCGGGGGUCCACGGAGGGGUGGACUGGAUGAGGAAACUGGCUUUCCGGUACCGCCGAGUCAAGGAGAUCUACAACACAUACAAGAAUAAUGUUGGAGGUUUGCUGGGAAGCCCCAAGCGAGAGGAAUGGCUGCAGUUGAGGAGAGAGAUGGAGGUCCUGACUGACCUGUGGCUGACCCAAGCACUCAAAGCCCUGGCGCUCAUCAACUCGAGGCCUAACUGCGUGAAUGUGCUGGUAACCACCACCCAGCUCAUCCCCGCGCUCUCCAAGGUGUUGCUGUACGGCCUGGGCUCGGCUUUCCCCAUCGAGAACAUAUACAGUGCCACCAAGACAGGCAAAGAGAGCUGCUUUGAGCGUGUUUCUCAGAGGUUCGGUCGGAGGGCCGUGUACGUGGUGAUAGGAGACGGAGCCGAAGAAGAGUCCGUGGCCAAGAAGAAGAACAUGCCGUUCUGGAGGGUGUCCUGUCGAGCCGAUCUUGAGGCUCUGAGCCAUGCACUGGAGCUGGACUACCUCUAGAGGGCGCCGGCUGUCACGCUCUGUCCCCCCUCUCCUCCCUCCCUCCUCCUGUUAGAAGCUCCUGAACUCCUGAGUGCAGCUAGCAGGUGAAGCUGCUCCAAGAAACUGAUACAGUCUCACUUCAGAUUCGGCAGAAAGGCCCUCAAGACGAGCUCCAAAGGCGGACAUUUUCCCUUUAAGGCCAAAGGAAGCGGGUGGAUUUUGAAGCGAGGCCGCGCUACAUCCGAGACACAUGAACCCCAAUGUGCUGGACAAAAAGAAAAAGACCAAAGACAAAUAAGGGACCAAAGCUUCAUAACUAACCCCAGGGAACUAUGGUUGAUACUGCAAAUAUUAUUUUUUAAGACCUCUUCCUUUUUUUAAAUUCUGUUCAUCUCAACCUCACGAAAGGUGUUCCGCUUUAGUACAAAGAGUGAUGCACUGAAUGCAAAAUUGUACAUCCUGUUCAUUAAACACAGUGAGUACGUCUGCAUGGAUACAAAUUUAGAUUUUUUUGUUGUUGUUGUUUUAUUGUGUUUUUUGUAUAAACCCAUUUUCAACUCACCAAUACUAUUUUAAAGAUAAAAUCAGAAACACAAAGUUACAACAGCACAUUAAUUCAUGUUGGCCAUAACAAAUGUCAAAUAAUAUUCUCCUUAUCUAGAGGCUAUUUAAAGUAGUCUGAUUGUAUUUUACCAUUAUAAUGUGAGCUAUUUAUUAUUGGUUAAAUUGACAACACAAUGAGGUAAAAAAACGUUUGGGAUCGCAGGAUAAAAAUAUCCCCUUCAAAGACCAAAUCUAUGCUCUUGUAAAAAUGUUUUGACAAGAAUUGUCUUGAAGAUGUUGUAUUAUAGGCCGGUGCUUGAAUCCUUACUUUUGAUUCUGGGUUGUACAUGUUGUUGUGUUCUAACACGUCUUCUUCUCUCUCCCGGUGUAAUUUCCUUAUAACCUGUUUGUAAUAUAAAUGAACUGGUUGUGCAUGUGCCGAUUAUACUGCCUGUCAGCUUAGCUAUGAUUUGUAUAUAAUGCUUUAUUGUUGAUUUGUUUUGACAGACAGUUAAAAUAGAUUAAUACAAAAUAAAUUAAUUGAAAUCUUGG